CGGCUUUUCUUAUCCUAUUUAGAAGGGCCAAUUUGAUCCAGUUCGCCGCGCAGACGCACAAUCACGACUGGACUCUUUCUUUAUCAAAUCUCGGACAUCAGUUCCGUUUUCGUGUUUUGAUUUUGAAGAAGCUUAAAAUCUUUUUAGUUUUGAAGAAGGAGAUUGAAAUUAGGGAGAACAGACUAAUGGGGAUCCCAUCAGAAAUGAGAGAUUACUUGGCUCAGACGCUGAGGAGCAAAAAGUAUAAUACUUCCUUUGUGAUACCUUCUCCAGCUGAGGAUCAGAGGAUUUUGGAAUCUAAACGUUGCACUCAAGAAGGUGUUCGUGCCGGAACCAAGGCUGCUGCUAUUACUUGUGUUGUCACUGCCAUCCCUACUUUGACUGCUGUACGUGUGAUUCCUUGGGCAAAGGCAAAUCUCAAUUAUACUGCUCAAGCACUCAUCAUCUCAGCUGCAUCAAUUGCUGCAUAUUUCAUCACUGCUGACAAGACUAUCUUGGAGUGUGCAAGAAGAAAUGCUCAAUAUGACAAAACAACUUGAGAUAAUAAAUGUUUUUCUCACAAUUUUAUGUUACAAUCAUGUGUAAAAUGCCAGGAAUAAGGAAUUUCUCACUCUGUUUAUUCUCACUAUUGUGUUUUUACCAGGAGUCUAUUGUAUCUAUGGUAAGAUUAAACUUCUUCUCGCCAAGAUGUCUUUUACUAAUUUGGCUGUAAUGCUUAGUUAUUGGGCUCAGCAGUUUGCUGUUUUCUA